GAUUAAAUUACUGGACAUCAGGACAGGACAGAGGACAGUCGUCCACGAGCUGGACGAACAGACAGAGGGGAACACGCUCCGUGGGUGCAGGAUUUGGAAGUGUGGAAAGACAACGCUGUUUUUUUGUUGUUGUUUUUUUUUUAUUUUGAGAUUUGCAUUUUUACCUCUGCUGAACAGUGGAAAAUGGAAGCCCUGUCGUGUAUUUUUCUUUUGGCCUUUGUCUUCUUUGUUAACCAGGUCGAUGGACGCAGACCAUACAGUGAAAUGUUCCCUCACAAACACGACGUGGCAGGGAAGUUUCCUUUUCCAAUUCCACCAAUCCCUGGCUGGGAUCCAGACACCAACCCAUGGGACGAUUACCUCUACCCACCACUGAACCCCAAACCAAACCAGCUCAUGCACCGGAAAGGUAAACCCAAGGUUCGUCUGACCAGCGACAGUCCGGCUCUGAACGGCUCGUCUAUCUCCUUCACUGCCAAACUGGAGUAUCCUCCGUGCCAGAAGGAGGAUGCAAAUGGGGACCUUGUCUGGGAUGAUCACUGUGAAGAUGGUAUGGAGCUGGAGGCCUCAGCUAACGGACAGGUCCGUUCUGGUUAUGUGUACAACUGGACCUCCUGGUUGGACGACUAUGGCUUCGGAAAGUGCACGGACGCAACAAAAUGCAACGUCUUCCCCGACGGGAAGCCCUUCCCUCAGAGCAACGACUGGAGACGCAAGAGCUACGUCUACGUGUGGCACACGAUGGGCCAGUACUACGAGACAUGCGACGGCUCGUCCUCUACUUUGACCAUCAACACCACCAACAUCCCACUGGGGGCAGAAGUCAUGGAGGUGUUGGUCUACAGGAAACGUGAGCGCAGGAAGUACAGCCCCCUCAGCACAGACAACACUGUCUUCUUCGUCACAGAUAAGAUCCCCGUGGCGGUCACCAUCUCCCAGAAGGCCGCGGUCAACCAGUCAGAGAACGUCUUCUUCCGAGGCGAGGACGUGGUCUUCAAGGUUCAGCUCCACGACCCCAGUGGCUACCUGAAGACCGCCGAGGCCAUCGACUACAUCUGGGACUUCAGAGACGGCAAUCAGCUGGUGACCCACCGCGACGUGACCACGCACACCUACAGCGCUCUGGGGACCAUGACCGUGAAGCUGGUGGUGGAGGCAGCGUUUCCCGCGGAAUGUCCACCAGCUGCUGCCACCACGACUCCAAAGAGCUCCAAGUCAUCACUUCCUACAGAAGCUCCCACUCCUCCACCCAGGACUCAUGCAGCCACGGUCAAGCUGCAGACCACACCAGCUCGACCCAGCACGAGGCAGCCCCUCCCCUCCUCCACUGCCUCACCAGGUUUGCCUACUACGGAGCCCCUCCCCCCUGCCAGCACGCCCUCAGAGUUUGACCCCACCACCCUGCCCUGGCUCCAGGGCACCAGGCGCCUCAACAAUAACCAGUGUUUCCGCUUCGCCUAUGGAGUCUUCAUGGGUAACAUCACUAUUAUCGAGCCAAAGCACAAACUCAACAGCCAACCAAACAGUCGCAUUGUGGACGUGUUGGCUGCCAGAGUGACCAAAACGGACAUCAGCUUCUUGGUGAAAUGUCUGGGCGCCAUCCCAACUUCAGCCUGCACCAUCGUGUCAGACCCCACCUGCACUCACGUGCGUAACAUCAUGUGUGACGACGUGCCGCCAUCCCCAGAAUGCCAAGUGCGCCUGAGGCGAACCUUUCUGGAACCUGGGACUUACUGCGUCAACAUCACCCUGGAGGACUCCAGCAGCCUGGCCCUCGCCAGCACCACCGUCACCAUCAACAAGUCCCAGGAUGCACCUGUCUCCAAGACUUCUCACACCACAGAGGUGGUGCUCUCCUCCAGUGCUGUGCUCGUGGCUGUCUUUGCUUUCCUCGCCUAUCUGAUCUACAAGCGUAACAAGGUUUACCGACCCGUUCGUAGAUCACUAGUGGAGGACGCCUGCAGCCACGCUGGAGACCGCAUGGUCCGCCUGAGGGAGGCACUAUUCCCCCCCUGUGAGGAGAGCCGUCACCUCCUGAUGGAGAGGCGCCCUGUGUAGGCUUCAUGGAGCUACACCAAAGUUCUUCUGCCACAAAGGCCAACAUUACAGAUGAAAAUUAAAAAAAUUAUGACUGAUGAAGUUAUGAUGGCAGGAACAGAUUUGCAUCUAUUGAGAAUUAUUAGCAAUAUAGUACUUAUUUCAUGUCUUUGUUUGUGUUGUCUGCAUGAAAUGGCUAAUGCUACAGCAGAUCAUGAUUGGGAGGCUAUUGGAGGAUAUCAACCGUGAAGUCAGGAAAUUAAUCAAAAGUGCAAAUAUUGUGCCAAGCAUCCCGUAACAAAACCGUACUUUAUGAUCAAAUAAUACUGUGGUCUACAGUUGAGUAUGAAGUCAUUAAAAUAAAAAGCUUUAAAACUUGACACAGUGACCUAAAUAAAGAUUGUGACAUACUAACGGA